AAAGAAUAAAAAUGAACUUCGUUUUACCAUUGUUGCGUUGAGUAAACUCGUAUAAAUAUUAAUAUAUUCCUCUAAUUUGUGUAAAUUAUGUUUUAGGUUUAGUUAAAUAAAGUUGAUAGUUACAACAUGGGCCGCGUUAAAAAAAAGUUUGAUGCCGGGGCAGCGACUCAAUAUAUUACAAGGAAACGAGCGUGUAAAAAACUUCAAUUGUCGUUGGCGGAUUUUCGAAGGUUGUGUAUUUUGAAAGGAGUAUACCCACAUGCGCCAGCUAAUAAGAAAAAGGUGAACAAGGGAAGCACGGCAAACAGGACGUUUUAUUUCAUGAAAGAUAUUCAGUUUCUUUCUCAUGAACCUGUGAUUAAUAAGUUCAGGGAGUAUAAGAUUUACGUGAAAAGAUUGAAGAAAUCUGACAACAGGAAAGAUCGGAUCCGAAGUUCUCACAUUCGGAGUAACAAACCAAGUUAUAAAGUGGAUCAUAUUGUUAGGGAGAGGUAUCCAUCGUUUGUUGAUGCAUUGCGAGAUUUAGAUGAUGCACUAUGUAUGUGUUUCUUGUUUGCAAGUUUACCAAGAUCAGGAAGAGUUCAUGUGGAAACUAUUCAACUAUGCAGGCGAUUAACUGUUGAAUUCAUGCAGUUUGUGAUCUCUGCAAAAUGCUUGAGGAAAGUNUUGUUUCCAUCAAAGGAUAUUAUUUCCAAGCUGUUAUAAUGUCGCAAACGAU